GACUUUCAAGUUUCAGAGUUCAGACUUAUGACACUAUUAAAGAUUAAAGAUUAUCGAUAUGUUUGUUAUAUGUGACACAUUUGUGCAAAAAUAAAAACGAAUAAAAUGUGUAGUUUGGCUACAUUGUUUUAAUCGAACAUUGCAUAUUUUAUUAUUUAUACUUUAAAUAAAAGAAAUAGUAAACAAUAUAAUCAAUUUAUUGACAAUAUAUUUUUAAUAUUUAGGGAAAAGAUUAUUAUUAAUCGAUUAUUAGGAAAAAUAUUAUUCAUUAACGUGAAAAUCGAUUAUUUUUCACAUCCCUGCUAGUAGCACCAAAUUUCAACAGAAAACAAGUAUUGAAGAAGUUUUAAUGUCCAAAGAAAAAAAAUAGCUAUUUUAUUUUCCAAUAUUUUUCUAGUCUCUUUACUUUUUGAAGCAAUAAGGUACAAUUAGAAAAAUGUCUUUAACAUACAUUCCACGGGUAACCCAGCUUGAUUCACUACAACUUGAUGAAGAAUUGGAAGAACUUUUUAAAAACCUGCUAUUUCAGGCGACCAAAUAUUUAGAGCCAGGAUUUCUUCAACCCCUUUUACCUGAACUAGAAUUGAUAUUACGAAGUUGUAUUUUUAAGUAUUCUUUAUGGGAUAAGAAGUGUAGUUUUGGCCAAGAGAUGCUAUCAAUAAAAUACAAAACUGAAAAUUUUUCCAAAAGCAAAUUAUAUUGGUACUAUGGCUAUACAAUUGGUUUAAAAUACUUAAAAGACAGAUCAUUAUACACAUUCACGUCUAACACAAAAGUACAAAAUGUAUUAAAUAGCUUGGAAACAUUUCAACUAUUUGGUGAUAUUUUUAAUUUCUUACGUUUUAUUCAAAGUGGGAAACACCCAGCGUUUAUAGAUUUCAUUCUUGGACUAGAAUUAUGUGCGGAUACAGUUGUUAGAGAAGACUUGACUGAUUUAUCAUGGACCAGAGAGCUUCUAUGGCAUAAUUUUAUUGAAUUAAUUGGAACAUCAUUAUCUCUAGUAAAUAUGUUUGGAUUACGGCAGAAGCUCUCAAAAAUAUUAAAAUAUGUAUGGUGGAGAAAUUAUACAAGACCGUCAAAUAAAACUUCUCAAGCAAUCAUGAAUGUAAACACAGUUUGUGCAGUUUGUUCGGAAAAACCAAUACUACCACAUGUCAUGGGUUGCUCUCAUAUAUUCUGUUAUUAUUGUUUGCAGGCUAACAAGAUGGCUGAUACAGACUUUACUUGUCCAAAGUGUUAUUAUAAUGGUACAUCUGUUACUAAGUUUGUUGUUGUUUAAUGAUUUAUGUUUUUUUUUUAAAUUAACUAUAACUUGGGUGCUAAAAUUUUGACUGUGUUUUACAAAGACAAAUAUAGUAUUUAU